UUAUAAGCUAAAACUUAUUCGAGCAUCUGCACGAACUCCAAAACCCCGUCAAUGGCAAAUAUUCAAAUUUAAAACCCUAAAAGGCACUGUGUCACCAAUUAACCAACUCCACGGAAAACCAGUAAUGGAUCGAGGUGGAGGACAGCAACAGCAGCAGCAGCAGACGGAGAGUGCGUCGAAGCCGUCGAAGUUCGCGGUUUACCAGAACCCAGCCCUCUCUGCCGCCCUCACCUCCAACAGCCUCCGCCCCAGCGCCUCCACUUUCCUGUUCUUCCUCUCCGUCUCCUCUGCUUCUGUCCUUGCUCUCAUUUUCUCUCUGUAUAGGUACAUUGCCUUUGUAUGUUGGUUUAUAGCCGCGCAACGUCUUUUGGCCUGUGUUUGUUUUGGACUCAGAUUUGUCUCUAAGGAUGUUUCUCGUAUAUGUUUCAAGGUGAUGCAAACCACAGCAAGUUUCAUUUUGUUUGGAGCUUUGGUUGCUUUUGUCAAAGCCCUCUCAAGGUGGAGAACAAUAAAUGUUGCGGAGGUCGUAGUUGUCUCUCCUUCCAACGGCACAAAGGAAGUAACACGCCUUACCAACAGACAACUGGGCCUUAUAGGGUUAAAGUCCAAACCUGAAGUGGGUUCUGAAGAGUCUUCAAAGAAACCUCCUAAAUCUAGAAUUAGCACACCUUCUCCAUCAAAUGUCCUUGUCCCCCUACACCAGUCACUAACAGACUCAAAUCACUUGUCUAGAACGAGCGGUGGGAAAUCAAGCACCACUAGCGGCAGCAAGAUGCAUAGCUUUACUACACCAUCAAAAUCACCAGCUUCUCCCUCUAUGUAUCUUGUCCCCACAGCCUCUAUGCGUUCACCAGUCCAGUCACCGUCGCUGCAGACAUCACCAGGUGCCGAUCAGUUUAUUGCCACCCCAUGGUCAAAUAAGCGUCCUGGUUUUCAUAAAGAGAUAGUAACAGAGGCAGAUCUCGAAAAAUUUUUGGCUGAUGUAGACGAGAAAAUAUCUGAAACAGCAAGUAAAUUGGCAACUCCACCCCCCAGCAUAAGUGGAUUUGGCAUGACCAGUCCAAACACUAUCUCCAGUUCAGUUAAUACUUCUGGAACGACAAGAAGCACACCUCUGAGGCCUGUUAGGAUGUCCCCUGGUUCCCAAAAGUUUACCACUCCUCCGAAGAAAGGGGAGGGAGAUCUUCCUCCUCCGAUGUCCAUGGAAGAGUCAAUUGAAGCUUUUGAAAGGUUGGGCAUUUACCCACAUAUUGAGCAACAGCGCGACUGUCUCAGGCAGUGGUUUUCUGCUGUUGUACUUAAUCCUCUCCUUAAUAAGAUUGAGACUAGCCACUUGAAGGUUAUUGAAGCAGCUGCUAAACUCAAUAUCCCAAUUACCAUAAGUCAAGUUGGAAGUGACACCCCUAGUACACCUACUAUUGCUAAUGCAUCUCCAAUCGAGAGGAAUAAUGAAUGGAAGCCAGCAUUUGCAAUUGACGAAGAUGGACUUCUUCAUCAGCUACGUGCUAGUCUUGUUCAAGCUCUCGAUGUUUCAAAGUUGCCAACUAGCAAUUUCCAGCAAUCCCCUCAGCAAGCUGCCUCGGUUCCUCUUUUACAAGAGGCCAUUGAUGUCAUUACAGAACAUCAGAGGCUCCAUGCUUUGAUGAAAGGAGAGUGGGCUAAAGGUUUACUUCCACAAAGUAGUGUACGAGCAGAUUAUACCGUACAAAGAAUUCGCAAGCUUGCUGAAGGAACGUGUUUGAAGAACUAUGAGUAUUUGGCAAAUGGCGAGGCAUAUGACAAAGUAAAUAAGAAAUGGAGUCUUGAGCUUCCCAAUGAUUCUCACUUGCUUCUUUAUCUGUUCUGUGCUUUCCUGGAAUACCCAAAGUGGAUGUUGCAUGUUGAUCCUACAACUUAUGCUGGGGCACAGGCAAGCAAGAAUCCUUUGUUUUUGGGUGUUCUGCCUCCUAAAGAAAGGUUUCCUGAGAAGUAUAUAGCUGUUAUUUCUGGUAUACCCUCUGUGCUACAUCCGGGGGCUUGUAUUUUAGCAGUUGGGAAGCAAAGUCCCCCUGUAUUUGCCUUAUACUGGGACAAAAAGCCUCACUUCUCUCUCCAGGGAAGAACAGCACUUUGGGAUUCCAUAUUGCUCCUGUGCCAUAAAAUUAAAAUCAGUUACGGUGGUAUUGUUAGAGGCAUGCACCUCGGUUCGUCGGCCUUGGCCAUUCUUCCGGUUCUUGAACAAGAAACUGACGACUGAAAGUGCUGUUUAUGUUACAUCUCUUCAUAUAGGCUAUGGGCUUCACGUACCAGAACGGGCCAUCGAACUGCUGUUUUGCACUUGAAGAGUUAUAUUUGAGCAGAUCAUCCAUGAGAAGCAGCGUCCUCUUGCUAACUCAUUUUACUCUCCGUUUGUAUUUAGUGUUAGUUGAUGAUAUAAAGACAGGAAACAGACACCCCUUUCUUUAUGGUUAGAAAAUAGAUAUUGUUUAUGAGAAUGGUGAAAUGUGUACAUCUCUAGGUUUUGAUGGAGACCAUUUGAAACAGCAGUCCAUGCUGGAAAGAUCUAUCUGGCAUUCUGGCUGCUGAUUUUUCUAACUAGUUAUUUAUCUUACUGCUUUGAUGUUUCCUUGAUU